AUGUGCGAUUCAGCAGAGGAAUCAGUAGCAUCUGUAUUUGAUGAAAAUAGAACUCUGAGAUUCACUGCAACUUACCUGAGCACUCCUAGAGUUGCAGAUAUAUUUAGUUAUUCCAUGAAGCAUAUUGUGCUCGUCUGGAGAGCUAGAAAAGGGGAGUUGGCUACCAGCAGACCAAUCGUAGCUUCCAUUGCAGCCCAGCAGCAGCUUCUCGUCGAGAUGAGUAGCCACCAUGACAAACUACAGUGGGAUGAAGAUCAAGUGCAGUUUUUAUUUGACAUAAUGUUAGAGCAAGCAAAGAUUCCAGGAAUGCGAACAUCAGGUGGACUAAAAGAAACUGCUAUGAAGGUGGUUGAACAAAAAAUGAUAGAAGCAUAUGGACCAAUGUUUACAUUAGAGAAAAUUCGAAACAAGUUGAAAAGAGCAAAACCUGACUUACAACUGAUGAAAGAGAUGCUUACUGCUUCAGGAUUUGGGUGGGACCCAGAUAAAAAAAUUAUACAAGCGGAUGAUAAUGUGUGGAAAGAAUAUAUACAAAAGUACCCAAAUAGAAAAAAAUAUAAAUUGCCAGCAACAUGGAAAUAUUAUGAGCAUGCAAUAGAAAUUUGGGGUUCUUCUACUGCAUUGGGUGACAAUAGGAGUGGCGUAGAUAGUAGGCCACUAGAUGAUACACAAAUAAAUGUGGAUGAGCAAGAUGAGAAUGAUUUUCAGUUACCUACUUCACCAAUGGAUAGCAAUACUCAUACUCAGGGAGAAACCUCUAACAGCAUGAGGGGAAACAAAAGAGCGAGAACCUCUACAACCAUGAAUGAUGAUACUUUUGAAACCAUUGGUGAGUACAUACGACAACUUGUGGAAACCCAACCUGCAGCCAUUUUGCAGAAGAGUGGAGCAAUUUUAAGAGAUAUGCAUGCAAAAGGGGAAAUAGAUAAUCAUUUGUUUUUCAGAUCAGUCGAUUUACUCUCUAAUUUUGAUAAAGCAAAUGCUUUUCUUAUGAUGCCACGUGAGUUGCAGGAUUGUUUGGGAGCAAUUGAUGGUACACACAUUCCAGUAUAUGUUCGAAGAGAUGGCCAAAAUCGUUGGCGAAAUAGAAAAGGGUUUUUAUCUCAAAAUGUUUUAGCAGUGGUGGGAUUCGAUAUGCGGUUUCACUACAUACUAGCCGGUUGGGAAGGAAGUGCAACUGAUGCAAGAGUAUUGUAUAGUGCAUUGGAAGAUAAUCUUCAUCCAUUAGAAAUUCCACAUGGUAAAUAUUAUCUUGCUGAUGCUGGAUACCCAAAUAUUGUCGGAUUAUUAACUCCAUAUAGAAGAUGUCGGUACCAUCUAUCAGAGUUUAAUGAACUAGAUGGUGAUGCAUCUUCUCAAGUAUUGCAUGACUUCGAUGGGAAGAGUAGUGUGCAUGACAGAAGACUAGUUAUUUAG